AUGGCAGAAAGAUUAUCUCUUGGCAAUGUUGAGGACAGAAAGCUCAAAAGCAAGAUGGAGGAUUCUCCCACCCAAGACCGUCUAGAGUCAGAGAAUGCAACAUUGUCUUUGAUGAUGAUGAAGGAUUCACCUACCAUGAACGGUCUAGAUCCAGAGAAUCUAACAUUGUCUUUGACGACUAAGAUGAAGGAUUCACCUAUCAUGAACAGUUUACAGCCAGAGAAUCUAACACUGUCUUUGGCAACUAAGAUGGAAGAUUCACCCACCAUGGACGGUCUAGGGUCAGACAAUCUAAUGUUGUCUUUGACUCUAGCUACCAGAACCAUAGUAGAUGAAUCUCAUUCUAAAGCCACGUCAACUUCUAAUAAACCCUCGAAAGAUCCAGAGGGUUCAGGAUCAAAUACUCUCCAAAAUCAUAUAGAUACCUCUGAUGACAAGGAAGAUUCACCUUUCCCUUGUGGAUUUUGCAAUAGAAGGUUCAGUAGUUCCCAAGCCCUAGGGGGACACCAAAACGCACACAGGAGAGAGCGUUCUCCCUUAAACAAAAGAAAGAAAACAAACGAACCAGAAGACAUGGACGAAGCAGAUCUAUUUGCCAACCGUGCUCUUGGUAGUUUUCUUAGUUCAAACUAUUCUUCAUUCUCCACCACCGUACCAAGCCUUCGAUUCCAAGGCUUAUCACCACCCUCGUCAACCCUAUCUCCCCACCCAUACCAUCAUGGUGGCAGCACCAUGACCAGGAGUCACAUGACUAGUCACGUGUCAUCCUUAACAUCUUGGCCGCGCCCUGGUUCAAUAGGUAGUCGGGCUUUUGGAGGCUAUGGCCCUUCGUAUGGGACGCAACCUUUCCCCAAAGCAUCGUCCCUAUUGUCGCCGCAACAUCGCAAUGCUGGGGGAAAUAAUAAUAAUAACGACCACCACCACGACCAAGAUGGAAAUCCCAGUGUGUCACCAAAUGAUUCAGCAUCGGAAGACCUAGACUUAACGCUGGGUCUUUGA